AGUGGAAGACCGGCAGUUAGUUCCGCGACUCCAAUCCGAUCACAUCGUGACGCCCACGCACGCAACGCGUUAGUUCUGUGUGAAACUUUCCCUGGUUAUCAGAUGAAGCGGCUCACACAAGGCCUCAGCAAGGCCUUAGAAUCAGCAAAUGUACCAGUCAAACUAUAAACAUUUAUUGAGGAGAAACUGAAAUUCCAUAAUGAAAAAAAUAUAUUCGAAUAAAAUAUAAUUUGCUAACGAUUUUCGCUCUGAAUUGAUGGUGUCUUUCAAUCUUCCAGUACAUGAAUAUGUAUUGCCAAUAUAACGAGCUAUCUCUUGUGGUUGGAUGAUGAUUAUUAGUGUGAAUCAGUCCUAACAAAAACAAUGAACAGACAAGUUUGAAAGUACAUUCACUCACUUAAUCAAUAGAAUAGAGUUAUUUUCGAGAAGAUGGAAAGAGGGGCCCGCCAGUUGCUGAUGGCGCUUCCUUGCACGGUGGGCCUCAUUCUCACCUUCUCUGCUCAGCCAACACAGACUGAUGAGGACUUAUUGUCGAGAAAUUUGAGCUCACUGCUCUCAUUUUUCGCAUCAGACACAGACAAUUAUCUACAAGAGCUUAGCGGUUUCUGGUCAUACAACGACACCACUGAUCUGUCAAAGUAUGAGGACUUUGACCAUUCGAAGUUUCUUGAUCGUCCAGUGGACCGCCUAGACGAGGUGGUUCGGAUGACACCGAGACCGGCGCCUCUGCCGCCUCCACAACUGCCCCCCGUGGAGGCGGCAGCCUCUGAACAGGAGGCCGAGUUGGACCCAGACGAGAUCCAACUGAUGCCCAAUAUGCCCACAUUUGACAAUGAUAUGGUCACAAACAUCACAGCUCAGCUUGGUGGCACUGCGUUUCUAAACUGUCGUAUUAGACAGCUGGGCGAGAGAGCGGUGUCGUGGGUGCGCAGAAGAGACUGGCACAUUCUGACGUCAGGGGUGCUGACCUACACCAACGACGAGCGGUUCCAGGUGGUGCACACUGAUGACACCGACGACUGGAACCUGCAGAUCAGAUAUGUGCAGAAACGCGACAACGGAACCUAUGAGUGUCAGGUGGCUACUGGCGUAGGGACCAUUUCACAUUACUUCAACCUCCACGUAGUGAUUCCCACGGCCUACAUCCUUGGCAGUGGAGAGUAUCACAUAGGUGAAGGCAGUACCAUCAGUCUAGUCUGUAUAAUCGAGAAUAGUCCGCAGCCGCCACAGUACGUGUUCUGGUACCAUAACGAUCGCAUGAUCAACUACGACACGGCGCGAGGCGGAGUCACAGUGAGCACUGAGCCGGGGCCCAAAACGCACAGCCGCCUCGUUGUGAAUCGGGCCACGCCGUCCGACUCCGGAAACUACACCUGUCGGGCAUCCAACACCGAGCAGGACACCAUCUACGUAUUUGUGUCGAAAGAGGGUGAUAAUACAGCCGCUAUCCAAAGACAAGAAACAUCUGCGGCAUUCUGUUCCCCACCGAUGAUUCUUGUCUACUUAUUUUGCAUAUUGAUCUCCAGUUAAGCUUGAAUAUGAGAGGGUGAUAAUACAGCCGCUAUCCAAAGACAAGAAACAUCUGCGGCAUUUUGUUCCCCACCGGUGAUUCUUGUCUACUUAUUUUGCGUUUUGAUCUCCAGUUAAGCUUGAAUAUGAGGUUGAAAUAUUUCCAACUACCAGUAUAAUAUGGAGAAAAAGACAUUUUGUUAUUGAAAGUGACGAUAUAACUCGGACAAUGAAGAACACUCAGUGAAUGUGAUGUUGAAGAAUUGUUAUUAUUUAUCAAACAAUGAAUCAUGUUUUAUAUUGUGCAGAUAUAAAUAUAUAAGUCUCACCUUUAUUAUGUUAAUACUUUCAAUGAA